AUGACCGAAAACAACGAACAGAAAAUUAUUCUUAAUGUUGGUGGUGUGAAGUACGAAACUUAUCGUUCGACGCUGACAAAAUAUCCAGAAACUUUACUUGGAGUAAUGUUCAGCUCACGAAAUGAAGAACUAUUACAUCCAACUAACGAAAACGAAUAUUUCUUUGAUCGCAACGGGAAUGCAUUUCGUUAUAUAAUGACAUUUUAUCGAACUGGCAAAAUUCAGCUUUCACCGUUAUUGCUCACUUCCCGAAAUCCACCUUCCUAA